UUCAACCAGACCCAGCGCUAGCCCUAGAAGUGAGGAUGCUGUCCCGCAUGAGGGCAGUGCGGGGGGCGGGGGCGCGCGGGGGCGCGGGGGCGGCGCGGCUGUACGGCGGCGCCGGCGUGCUCGUGACCGGGGGCACCGGGUUCCUGGGCCGCCAGCUGCUGGAGAAGCUGCUGAGGGCCUGCAAUGGUAUAAAGAAAAUAUACUUGCUGACUCGAGUCAAGAAGGGAAAAUCCAUGGAGGAAAGGCUCAAGGAACAAAUGCAAGAUCCGGUAUACGAUGAGCUGCGCAAGACACACCCAGAUUUCGAGAGUAAGAUAGAACCCAUCGAAGGAGACAUAACGGAGCUACGCCUCGGCAUCAAAGAUGAAGACUGGAAGAAAAUAGCCGAUGAAAUAACAGUGAUAUUCCACGGCGCGGCGACGGUGCGCUUCGACGAGCCGCUGAAGGUGGCCGUGUUGACCAACGUGCGGUCUGUCCGGGAGAUCAUCGCUUUGGGGAGAGAGUGCGCGAAUUUGAAGUCUUUGGUGUACUACUCAACAGCCUACGCGCACUGCAACCGCCAGGAGAUCCGAGAGACGUUCUACGACUGCGCCGUGUCUCCGUCCGCCAUCAUAGACUUUGUGGAGACUGUCGACGAGAAGAAGAUUGCGGCCAUGGAACCCAUCCUCAUCGAGGGUUGGCCGAACACAUACACCUACUCGAAGGCGAUCGCCGAGGAGACGCUCCGGACAAUGGGCGCCGGGCUGCCGAUUUGUGUUGUGAGACCUGCCAUAGUGUCUCCUGCCAUAAGAGAGCCGUCUCCUGGAUGGGUAGACGUGAGCAACUGCAAUGGACCAAGCGGAGUGAUCCUAGGCGUAGGAAUGGGCAUCAUCCACACGAUGCUGGCCAAAAGCGACAUCCACAUGGACAUAGUGCCGGUGGACUGCGUCAACAACCUGGCCAUAGCCGCGUCCUGGGAGACGGCCCGGAGACAUGCGCUCGGAGAGAAAGACAUUCAGAUAUACACGCUCUCACGGCACAGGAACCACUUGACCUGGGAAUUCCUUCAAAACUUCUGCGAGACAAAGGCCCGCAAGCUCAUCAGCCCGGCGGCCGUCUGGUACGCGUACUCGCUGACCACCUCCAGUCAGCUGAUCUAUCAGCUUCUGACACUGUUCCUGCACUUCAUCCCGGCUGUACUGAUAGAUGCUGUGCUGAUCGUGCUGGGGAAGCAGUUGAGGCUAACAAGACUCUACAAAAGAGUCUACAAAAUAAACGCCAUAUUUCUCAAGCAUUUCGUUUUUCACUCGUGGACGAACUAUGAUGACAACACCCUACAACUAUACAAUUCACUAUCAGAGGAUGAUAAACAAAUAUUCGAUUUUGAUAUAGCAAAAAUUGAUUCUGAUGAGUUUAUGUCUAUUUGGUGUUUAGGACUACGUAAGUACAUAAUUAAGGACAAUUUGCAAGGCACUGAGAAGGCUAUCAAAAGACAAGCGGUUCUCAAAGUUGUAAAUGCAUUGGUCCUAGUUUUGUAUUCUUUUAUGCUUUGGAAAAUGUUUUUGUUGAUGUUUUCGGGUUUAAAGUAUUUAGGGACAGGUUUGUUUUUAUGUGUAGGUAGUUUUUUUGUAACACUUUGCCCGUAAGGCGAAGCUAUUGUAAUUAUUUACUAUAAUAAUAUCUUAUUUUUGGUAGGAGUAGGAAAGUAAGAGUUAAGCAUUUUAGAAUUGUAUGUAGGUAGGUAGGUUACUUUUAACAAAUAUGUUAAUUUUUGUUUUUUUAAGUAGUUGUACCUUUUAAAUGUC